AUGUCGCCGCCCGAGAACCCCAACGGCGGGGCCGCCGCCGCCGCGCCCUCGGAGCCCGCGCCGCCCGCCAAGCCUUCGUCUUCCAAGGGGAAGAAGAAGGACGACAAGAAGGACGACGAUCUGUCGGAGGAGGACCUGGCGCUCAAGGAGCAGCUCGAGCUCUACGUGGUGCGGGCGCAGGACGUGGAUCCCGGCGUGCAGAGGCUCGCCCUCGAGAGCAUGAGGCAGGAGAUUCGCUCAGCUACAAGCUCGAUGACGUCUGUCCCAAAGCCACUGAAAUUCCUCCGCCCACACUAUGGAACCCUCAAGUCCUACUAUGAAACUAUGCCAGAAUCUGAGCUAAAGAAGUACAUGGCUGACAUACUAUCAGUGUUGGCCUUGACAAUGUCUGCUGAAGGAGAGAGGGAGAGCCUGAGGUACCGUUUGUUGGGCUCUGAAGGCGACAUUGGUUCCUGGGGUCAUGAAUAUGUGAGGAAUCUGGCUGGUGAAAUUGCUCAAGAAUUCCAAAAGCGCCAGGGUGAUGACAUGCCAAUUGAUGAGUUAAUGGAACUAGUGCAGCAAAUUGUCUCAUUCCACAUGAAGCAUAAUGCUGAGCCAGAAGCUGUAGAUCUUCUGAUGGAGGUUGAAGACCUUGAUUUGCUAGUUGAGCAUGUCGACUCAACAAACUACAAGAGAACUUGUUUGUACCUUACUAGUUCGUCUAGAUUUCUCUCUUCUCCAGAUGAUACGCUGGCACUUGAUAUAGCAUAUACCAUUUACAUGAAGUUUGAAGAUCUUGCAAGUGCAUUGCGCAUUGCUUUGCUUCUUGACAACAAGUCCAUACAGUAUGUGAAGCAGGUCUACACAGCAACUGAUGAUCUUGUACUCAAGAAGCAAUUCUCAUACAUCAUUGCACGCCAUGGUUUGGCCAUGGAGAUUGAUGAUGAGAUAGCUGCAGAUGAAAAUGACAAGGAAAUGUUGCAAGAAAUAGUUAAUAACACCAAGCUGAGUGAGGGGUACCUCACUCUUGCUCGUGAUAUCGAGGUUAUGGAGGCAAAAUCUCCAGAAGAUAUUUAUAAGGUCCAUUUGAUUGACGGACGUGGUGCCAGCUCCAGUCUUGAUUCUGCAAGACAGAAUUUGGCUGCAACAUUUGUCAAUGCAUUUGUUAAUGCUGGAUUUGGCCAGGAUAAGCUGAUGACUGCUCCAUCUGAUUCUUCCAGCAGCGGGUCUUCUGGAAACUGGUUAUUUAAGAAUAAGGAACAUGGAAAAGCCAGUGCAGCAGCUAGCCUGGGAAUGAUUCUCCUGUGGGAUACUGAUUCUGGGCUUGCCCAGCUCGACAAGUACUUGCAUAGUACUGAUACUCAUGUUGUUGCUGGAGCUUUGCUAGGUAUUGGAGUUGUCACCUGCGGUGUGAAGAAUGAUUGUGACCCUGCACUCGCUAUCCUCAUGGAGUAUGUUAACAAGGAUGACUCAAACAUACGGAUUGGUGCAAUCUUGGGUCUUGGUAUCGCAUAUGCUGGUUCUCAAAAGGAUGAGCUAAGAGUACAACUAUCAGCUAUAUUGGGAGACCCCCAAGCAACACUCGAGGUCUUGGUCUUCACUGCUGUUGCUUUGGGAUUGGUGUUUGUUGGUUCAUGCAACGAAGAGAUUGCACAAUCCAUCAUAUUUUUCUUGAUGGAGCGCAGUGAGGCCGAGCUGGCAGAGCCAAUUAUACGCCUUCUUCCUGUUGCGCUUGGCCUUCUAUAUCUUGGAAAGCAGAUAGCUUAUUUUGGUGAACUAUUUCAGGAAAGCGUUGAGGCUACUGCGGAGGUUUCUAAAACAUUUGAUGAGAAGAUCAGGAAAUAUUGUGACGUAACACUUAUGUCCCUUGCAUAUGCUGGAACAGGAAAUGUGCUCAAGGUUCAGAAACUUCUUGGUAUUUGCUCACAACAUCUUGAGAAAGGCGAAACACACCAAGGCCCAGCUGUCCUUGGAAUUGCUCUUAUUGCCAUGUCUGAAGAAUUAGGAGCUGAAAUGGCUGUACGAUCACUUGAACGUCUUCUACAGUAUGGCGAGCAGAAUAUUAGACGAGCAGUUCCUCUUGCACUUGGUAUCCUUUGUAUUUCGAACCCCAAGGUAAAUGUAAUGGACACACUGAGCAGAUUGAGUCAUGAUGCAGAUGCUGAUGUCUCAAUGGCUGCGAUAAUCUCAUUGGGUUUGAUUGGUGCUGGUACAAACAAUGCCAGAAUAGCUGGUAUGCUUCGUAAUCUUUCGAGUUAUUACUACAAAGAGGCUGCUCAUCUAUUCUGUGUAAGAAUUGCUCAAGGGCUUGUUCACCUUGGGAAGGGUUUGCUGACACUUUCUCCAUACCAUUCCGACCGGUUUCUUCUUUCCCCGAUGGCACUUGGAGGGAUUGUCACUGUUCUGCAUGCCUGCCUUGAUAUGAAGUCCACCAUUCUAGGGAAAUAUCACUACAUUCUUUACAUUAUUGUACUGGCAAUGCAGCCAAGGAUGCUUUUAACGGUGGAUGAGGAUCUGAAGCCUCUUCCUGUUCCAGUGCGGGUUGGGCAAGCAGUUGAUGUGGUCGGGCAGGCGGGACGACCUAAGACGAUAACCGGCUUUCAGACGCAUACCACUCCUGUCUUGCUUGCAGCCGGGGAGCGAGCGGAAUUGGCGACUGACAAGUACAUCCCCCUGACCUCGACGUUGGAGGGCUUUGUAAUUCUGAAGAAGAACCCGGAAUACCACGAGGAGUGA